AUUACACAGAGAGAGAGAGAGAGAGAGAGAGAGAGAGAGAGAGAGAGAGAUUGUACCUCGCCCCGACGAUGAACAGUGUAGUUAUAGCAAAAGGAGUCUGAGGAAAGUAUAUUGCGUUGGGACCGUGCUGGAAAGCUGUGGGAUGCAGAGCGAGAUCGUGAAUAUGCGGAUUAUACGCCACCUGCUGGUACUUCUUAUGCACCUUUCCCUCGGGACCUUUGCAGAACGAUUCUCCAACGGUUAUUAUUAUCAGGACAUAGUGAAUGGAAAUGGGGGAAUGUACUUCCACCGAAUCCGUCUUCACGUGGAAUCAUCCGAACCUCUGGUGUCUGCUGUCCAGGGGAGUAACGUCACGCUGCCCUGUCAUUACCGCUACGAGCCCGAGCUCAACUCGCCCCGCAGGACGCGGGUCAAGUGGUUCUGGCAGCCCGAGCCCGGUGGAGUACAGGAACGUGACGUUAUGGUGGCCAUCGGCACGCGUCAUCGGAGUUACGGAGACUUCAAGGGGCGCGUGCGGAUCCGUCGAAGCGCACCGGGCGACGCGUCCCUCGUCAUCAAUCCACUACAAUCUGAUGACACCGGUCGCUACCGCUGUGAAAUUAUUGACGGUCUGGAGGACGAAAGCACUACCGUGCAUCUUAAGUUUCGAGGUGUGGUGUUUCCAUAUUACUCCUCUAAGGGGCGCUAUCUAAUGAACUUCCACGAAGCCAAGGAAGCGUGUGAACAGCAGGAUUCGCACCUGACCACAUUUGAGCAGCUCUUCGCUGCUUGGGAGGAAGGGCUGGAUUGGUGUAACGCUGGGUGGGUCGCUGACGGGACAGCACAAUACCCCGUUUCAGUGCCACGAGAGGCCUGCGGCGGUACCCAUCUGGCUCCCGGCGUGCGGAGCUACGGUGCUCGAGACAAAGAUCUGGACCGGUUUGAUGCGUUUUGCUUCACUUCGUCCAUAAGAGGUGAGGUCUACUUUCUGCAGCAUCACAGCAAGCUGAACUUCACAGAGGCGGAAGAGGCCUGUCAGAACGACGGAGGACAUAUUGCUAAAGUUGGGCAGUUAUACGCCGCCUGGAGAUUUGUGGGAUUUGACCAGUGUGACGCCGGUUGGUUAGCAGACGGGAGCGUACGUUACCCGAUCGUCACUCCCAGAAUAAACUGCGGUCUGUCAGAACCAGGUGUGCGGAGCUUUGGUUUCCUUCCAAAGCAUUUAAAACAUGGCGUGUAUUGUUACAAAGUCCGCUGGUGAAAUAUGUAGUUCAUCUUAAAUGUGUAAGCAAUUCUGUGAAAAUACAAAUGACACUUUCAUUCAAAACAAAAUACACUACUGAUACUCACAAUUUUUGUAAGUUCUGGACGUUUUCUGAAAUGCUCUACUGUAUCCCAAAAACAUUACAGCUGUGCUUAUUUGGAUAUUUACACUUCAAAACAAAACAUUUAGGUUAAGAUUUAAACUCAAGAUGGAUUGGCCAAGUAGUAUUUUUUAAUGUGGUCAUUUCAUUUUAUACAACAUAUAUAGUUCUAUAGUAUUUUGUAUCUAUGUAGAACAAAGCGGUAAAGCUUGAAUUGGGUGUUGGGACAUUCUUCAAGCAUUUUAGUAAUAUUUUCUUAUAUAAUAAAAUGCUUUGAUUUUAUAGCGCCAUAAUACAUAGUUAACCAAUCAAUUCAUCUUCUAGUAGCAAAUUUACAGCAUAUGCAUGACUGCUUUAUAUUUUGCUUGAGUCGUCAUCCAAAAAACGAUCGAUCCCAUCAAUAAAUUGUAUUUUAAUAA